AUGGCCUCUUCGCCAUCUCACACGGUACGCCAAGUACCCACCGCAUCUGGCGAGCCCAGAAUCCAGCAUGGCUUCGACGGGGAUGUCAGGAUCCUCAAUUCGACGUUCGAGGAGCGCAUGUCGAUACGCAAGACUUUGGGUGAACUGCAACAGCUGCUGCAGCGCCUAGAAGGCCAUAAUGUGCAAAUUGCGGCCGAGAUCCGCCUUCGCGUCGAUGGGCCUGUGGCAAAGGAGCACACCUACAGUGUGACUGUCGACGACGGCAAAACUGACUCCAAACCUUUCGCUUCCAAGUUUGCGUCCUCCAGACACGACAGUAGCAAGUCGUCAGCUUCACUGUCGCUCGCCAAUGCUGAAAUAAACGGCAAAGGGGCGUCUUACAGCCAGUCAGGAUCACGUGCUCGAGAGGACGACGACGAUGUCUAUGAAGUUCGCCCACCCAAGAAAGCGCGCACAGAUGAGAGCACAGAAUUAGCGAGCUCGAGUGAUACUAAUGCGCUCCUACGCGAAGCACUCUCCCUUCUGAGACAGCGGAAACCAGACGAUACACUCGAAUUCGUCAAGCGGUGGCAUUUUGAGUGGAUCAAGCAAGGAGGCUGGCUCUUCGACACCUUGACCACGUCUGACAAGCUCCAACGAGACAACCACACAGUCAAUCAGGCCCGAGUAGGCGUGGUAUAA